AAAAAAGAAAAGAGAAAAUAGAAAAAUCGCAUGAUGAUACUAAUAAACGAAACGCAGAAAUUGUAGUCGCAACUCAAAUCUCAGUUCCCACUUGAAUAACUCACGAAAGACAGACAAUAAUUGAUUUUUUGAGGAAGAAGAUAAAAGAUAAAACAAAGCUUUUGAUUAAUCUUCCAUUUCCUCACAAAAAAAAAGAUAGCAACAAUCGAAGAAGAGCUAGAGAUGGGGCACCACCAUCACGACGGUGGCGAUGGCGUCCCUCAACAUGUCAACAGCCCGCGCUUCUCCGGUCCCAUGACUCGCCGUGCUCAAUCAUUCAAACGCGGCGGCUCCGGAGGAAACAGCACGAGCAACACUCACAUCGGCGGCGACAAUAAUAACAACUCAUCAUCCACCUUGAGAGUUCACCACGAGAUCGAUCUACCGCUUAACUCGCCUAGAUCGGAGAUCUCUUCAGAUCCGAGCUCAGGAGGAUUCGAAUCUGCGAUGAAUAGGAAGCACCAGACGUAUGGUCAGCUGAGGGAGAGAGUCGUGAAAGGUUUGUUGAGGAAGCCGAUGGUUUCCGAGUUUAGCUUGAGAGAGAGGAAGAAGCUUGGGCACUGGAUGUUCUUCGCUUUCUGCGGUGUCUGUUUGUUUAUGGGCGUUUUCAAGAUUUGUGCUACUGGUUGGUUUGGAUCUGCCAUUGAUGCUGCUGCUGCUUCUGAUCAGGAUUUAUCUGACUCAUCAAUUCCUCGAGUAAAUCUGCUAGAUCAUGAUUACAUGUAUAAAUCUGGAGGCGAUGAUGUUGAUUCAACUUUGCUUGGCGACGGAAACAGUGUGGUUGAAUUUUCAGGCGUCUGGGCAAAACCUGAGAGUGGAAAUUACUCGCAGUGCAUUGACAGUUUAAGGAGACGCAAAAAGUUAGCUGCUAAUACCAAUGGAUACCUUCUCAUAAAUGCUAAUGGAGGGCUGAACCAAAUGAGAUUUGGGAUAUGUGAUAUGGUUGCAGUGGCCAAAAUCAUGAAAGCAACUUUAGUUCUUCCUUCACUUGACCACAGUUCGUAUUGGGCAGAUGACAGUGGCUUUAAGGAUCUAUUUGAUUGGCAACACUUCAUUGAGGAGUUGAAGGAUGAUAUUCACAUAGUUGAGACGCUGCCAUCAGAAUUAGCCGGAGUCGAGCCUUUUGUGAAGACACCCAUAUCGUGGUCUAAGGUUGGUUACUACAAGAAAGAGGUCCUUCCGUUGUUGAAACAGCAUAUCGUAAUGUACUUAACUCACACUGACUCCCGGCUCGCCAACAAUGACCUGCCUGAUUCUGUUCAAAAGCUUCGUUGCCGAGUAAACUACAGGGCGCUGAAAUAUUCAGCUCCAAUAGAGGAACUGGGAAAUGUUCUAGUUUCUAGGAUGAGGCAGAACAGAGGUCCAUACCUUGCUCUUCAUUUAAGGUAUGAGAAGGAUAUGUUGGCUUUCACAGGGUGCAGUCACAGUUUAACAGCUGAAGAAGACGAAGAAUUACGGCAGAUGCGGUAUGAGGUUGCUCACUGGAAAGAAAAAGAGAUAAAUGGAACAGAGAGAAGACUGCAAGGUGGUUGUCCAUUGACUCCAAGAGAAACCUCGCUUCUGCUGAGGGCUUUGGAAUUCCCAUCAAGCUCCCGGAUUUACCUCGUAGCUGGUGAAGCUUAUGGAAACGGAAGCAUGGAUCCCCUCAACACAGACUACCCCAACAUUUUCUCACAUUCAACACUAGCCACCAAAGAAGAGCUGAGUCCUUUUAAUAAUCACCAGAACAUGUUGGCUGGUUUAGACUAUAUUGUUGCACUGCAGAGCGAGGUGUUUCUCUACACUUAUGAUGGGAACAUGGCAAAAGCUGUUCAAGGCCACAGGAGAUUCGAGAACUUCAAAAAGACGAUAAACCCAGACAAGAUGAGCUUUGUGAAACUUGUUGAUGCAUUGGAUGAAGGGAGAAUAUCUUGGAAAAAAUUCAGUUCCAAAGUUAAAAAGCUACACAAAGAUCGAAAUGGAGCUCCAUAUAACAGAGAAUCAGGGGAGUUUCCGAAGCUAGAAGAGAGUUUCUAUGCAAAUCCUCUUCCCGGGUGUAUUUGCCAGACUACAGAUGACGAAGAAGAGAGUGUGAUGCGACGGACAUAAACAUGAGCAUAUGCUUCUGGUAAUUGUUUUUAGUUUACUGUUAACAAAAAGAAAGGGAUUGUGAUUUUGUUGUCUCCUUAAGCCAAAGAAGUGAUGAUUACCAAAAGCUCAAGAUUGAGAAAAUGGGUUUGGAAGACAAAACUACGUAGACUCGGAAGGUAUGUCCAUCCCCAAGUCAACAAUGCUAUCGACAAAGUUGGCAUUGAGCCAUGCCAUGGAGAUUUGUUAAAGUGGAUAAACAAAGAUUCAUUGUUUGUAACAAUACAAUUUUCAUUAUAUAUAUUUUUUUUGUUUUUAACUCCAAAUAAACUUUUGUUCUUUCACACGCAUUAAUAACAUAGAAGAUUUAUUGCUA